CCCUUCGCCCUACCUUUUUGUCUCCAUUUCUAGGAAAUGAUUGAAGAGCUUCAAAAGCGUUGCAUACAGCUGGAGUACCCUUUGCUUGCUGAAUAUGAUUUCCGAAAUGAUUCUGUGAAUCCAGAUAUUAACAUAGACUUGAAACCCACAGCUGUUCUACGACCAUACCAGGAGAAGAGUUUGAGAAAAAUGUUUGGGAAUGGCCGUGCUAGAUCUGGUGUUAUCGUCUUGCCCUGUGGUGCUGGCAAGUCACUUGUAGGUGUAACAGCUGCUUGCACUGUCCAUAAGCGGUGCCUAGUACUGGGUAAUUCUGCUGUCUCAGUGGAGCAGUGGAAGGCCCAGUUCAAGAUGUGGUCUACCAUCGAUGAUAGCCAAAUCUGCCGAUUUACUUCCGAUGCCAAAGACAAGCCAAUUGGCUGUUCUAUAGCUAUCAGCACUUAUUCCAUGUUGGGACACACAACAAAGAGGUCCUGGGAGGCAGAAAGAGUGAUGGAAUGGUUGAAGAGCCAAGAAUGGGGUUUGAUGAUCCUUGAUGAAGUGCAUACCAUACCUGCAAAAAUGUUCAGGCGUGUGCUCACUAUUGUUCAGGCCCAUUGCAAGCUUGGAUUGACAGCCACUCUUGUCCGAGAAGAUGAUAAAAUUGUAGACUUGAAUUUCCUGAUUGGGCCUAAACUCUAUGAAGCCAAUUGGAUGGAAUUGCAAAACAGUGGCUAUAUUGCUAAAGUCCAGUGUGCUGAGGUUUGGUGCCCAAUGUCUCCUGAAUUCUACAGAGAAUAUGUGGCUAUUAAAACAAAGAAGCGGAUAUUGCUCUAUACCAUGAAUCCAAACAAAUUUAGGGCUUGCCAGUUCCUGAUUAAAUUCCAUGAACGAAGGAAUGAUAAGAUCAUAGUCUUUGCUGACAAUGUGUUUGCUUUGAAAGAGUAUGCUGUUAGAUUGGGCAAACCUUACAUUUAUGGGCCUACAGCACAGGGGGAAAGAAUGCAAAUACUGCAGAAUUUCAAACACAAUCCCAAAAUCAAUACCAUCUUCAUCUCCAAGGUUGGUGACACAUCUUUUGAUCUGCCAGAAGCCAAUGUUCUAAUUCAGAUUUCAUCCCAUGGGGGCUCUCGAAGACAGGAGGCUCAGAGAUUGGGUCGAGUGCUAAGAGCUAAAAAAGGAAUGGUUGCAGAGGAAUACAAUGCCUUUUUUUAUUCUUUGGUCUCUCAGGACACUCAAGAAAUGGCAUAUUCAACAAAACGUCAAAGGUUUCUAGUAGAUCAAGGCUAUAGCUUUAAGGUAAUCACUAAGCUUGCAGGUAUGGAAGAGGAAGAGCUUAUGUUUUCAUCCAAAGAAGAGCAGCAGCAGCUCCUCCAAAAAGUUUUACAGGCUUCUGAUAUGGAUGCUGAGGAAGAGGUGGUUGCAGGAGAAUAUGGCUCAAAGUCAUCUCAGAUAUCCCGACACUAUGGCACAAUGAGUUCCAUGUCUGGAGCAGAUGAUACAGUUUACAUGGAAUAUCAAACCUCACGAAGCAAGGCAUCUUCAAAUAAACACGUUCAUCCACUUUUUAAACGCUUUAGGAAAUAAUAUAAGGAAAAUACAUUAUAUCUCCUUUCCAUAAAAAGAAAUAUUAAAAUGUAUUAUUUCAUAGUAAUUGAGGAAAUGGAAUAAGCAAUUUGCUCAUAACUGAAGAUAAUUAUUUCAGUAUUCUAUAUCUUGGGAACACUUUGGACUUUAUUUUUAUUUAACAGUUUCAGAGAUUCUUAAGAAUAUUUGUGAAUGUGUUUUAUAUUUAUAUUUGUAGUAAGCAAAUCAUAAGGGUGCAAGUACCUGAAAGCACUGAAUAAAAAUACUCUAUAUAAAAAUGAAAG